UUGGAUUCCGGGGGCGUGGCCAGGGGCGGAGUCUGUGGGCGUCCUGGAGAUGGUGCCUAGCAACGUCAGAGGUGGGGGCCGCGCAGGAGCAGGGGCCCAGGGAACUGGCCCGGCCCCCGAGGUCCUCCCGAAAGGGGCAUCAUGACUGACUCCAGUGAGGAUCCUCUGAGACAUGACCAGGCUUGCUCACAGCACAUCCCAAAGCCGUGGGUGUUUCCAGUCCCAAAGGGGACCCUGCAGCUCAUCUUUGGGACCAGCCAGGUGUUCCAGGGCUUCGAAGAACCCCAACCAAAGCCCAAGGGGUUAACAGUGCCUCUCAAAGUCAGGGAGUACUACUUCCAAGGCCAGAGGAGCCUGGAGAGAGAGGACUGGGAGACGGCCGUGCUCUUUUGCUCCCGUGUGCUCCACUUGGACCCCCACCUGGUAGACUUCUAUGCCUUGCGGGCCGAGGCCUAUAUCCAGCUCUGCGACUUCUCCUCAGCCGCCCAGAACCUGAGAAGGGCCCACUCCUUCGAGCCGGAAAACACCAAGUACCUGGAGCGGCUCACUUUGGUCCUUUACCUGCAGGGCCAGUGCCUGUUUGAGCAGUGUGCCUAUGUGGACGCCCUGAAUGUCUUCUUACAAGCCUCUGAGCUCCAGCCCAAGAAAUCCUGCUUCCGGUAUCGAUGCAUGGCCUGCCUCCUGGCACUUGAACGGCAUCAAGACUGCCUCUUGCUCAUUGCCAAGGAGCUGAAGCAGUGCUCCACCAACUCCGAUAUCUACAUCCUCCGAGCCAGGCUCUACAACGUCUUACAGAAGCCCAGCCUCUGCUACCGUGACCUGCACAGUGCCUUGCUGCUGGAGCCAAAGCACCCACAGGCCAAGGUACUGCUCAAGAUGAUGGUGAACCAGUCCCAGAAGGCGCGCCAAGAUGCUGGGGUCCUGGCCGUGCAGGGCCACCUGCAGCAGGCGCUGCAGCGCAUCAACUGCGCCAUCGAGAACAACCCUCUGGACCCCAGCCUCUUCCUCUUCCGGGGCACCAUGUACCGACGGCUCCGGAAGUUUGAUGGAGCCGUGGAGGACUUCCUGAAGACGCUGGACAUGGCCCCUGAGAGCCAGGAAGACGUGGUGCAGCAGGCACAGCGCCAGCUGCUUCUGGCCUACAACGACUUUGCCGUGCACUGCUACACGCAGGGCGCCUACCAGGAGAGCGUGCUGCUGCUGAACCAGGCCCUCAAGGACGAGCAGCGGGAGAAAGGCCUCUACAUCAACCGUGGCGAUUGCUUCUUCCAGUUGGGCAACCUGGCAUUUGCUGAGGCGGACUACCAGCAGGCGCUGGCGCUGAGCCCACACGACCAGGGCGCCACCCUGCGCAUGGGCCUCCUGCAGGAGAAGAUGGGCACCUGUGAGCAGAGGCGAAGGCAGUUCCAGAAGGCAGAGAACCACUUCUCAGUGGCCAUCCAGCAUAACCCCCAGAAGGCCCAGUACUACUUGCACAGGGCCAAGAGCCGGCAGAUGCUGCAGAACUUUUUUGGGGCCCGCCAGGAUCUUGCCACUGUCCUGAUUCUCGAUCCUAAACAACCAAAGCUGACCCUGCUGAUGAACAACCUCUUCCCGGGCAUGUCGGUGGAGGACGUGCUUGACAGCCAGGUGGCCCGUCUGGCCAGACUGCAGCUGGAGCGGGCGGUGGAGAGCAUCACGACACCUGGCAUCCCGCAAGGCAUCGUGGGGCUGCUCAGAGAGCAGGAAUUACAGCGCCAGAAGGCCCAUGCCCUGCAGUACUUGUGGAAGCUGGAGAAACCUUGGGUCGAGACCCACCUAAAGAUCGGAGGCUACAACCCCCGCUCCCUGCAGGCAGUGCAGGAAAGCACAGAGGAAGAGGCUGAGGCCCCCAAGGAAGAGAAGAGGGAGGAGCAGAAACUGGAGCCCAGCCCUGACAAGGUGACAUCCCUGUCCAACAGCUACAUCGACCAGACCUCCUCAGGCUCUGCCUUCGGCUUCAGGGCCACAUCCAUCUCAGAGACGGGUUCGUCCACUAUCUGCCGGGAAUACAGGAGCACCUCAGCCACUGCUGGGACUUUCUCCAACUCCUCACCGCUGAAGAUUCCAUCCUCAGAAUCCAGGAUCACCAGGGAAGGCCCAAGCCGGAGCCAGAGCCCCCCCAGCAAAGCAGAGGCCACUCAGGACCCACAACGGCGGCUCAAAAAGACGAAGGCCACCCGGAGCCAGGGAUGGGGACCCGGCAGAACUAACUACACCCAGGACCAGAGCUGGAGACUGAACCGAAGUUCCAGUAAAAGCAAGGAUUUCUGUGACUCAAGUCAGAGCUCCAGCAAGACCGAGACUGCCCAGGGAUCAGGCCAGAAGCCCAGCAAGACUGAGGCUACUCAGGACCAGAGACAAAGGUCUAGAAAGGCCAAGGCUGCCCAGAGCAGGAACCACAGGGCCAACAAGGCCAAAGGGGCCCAGGGCCGGAGCUUGAGCCAAAGUUCCAGCAAGACCAUGGUUUUCUGUAACUCAAGUCAGCACUCCAGAAAGACUGAGGCUAUCCAGGGCAUGAGCCAGAGGCCCAGCAAGACUGAGUCUGCCCAGGACCAGAGCCAGAAAUCCAGUGAUGCCAAGGCUGCCCGGAGCAGAAACUACCGGCCCAGCAAGGCCAAGGCUGCCCAGGACCAAAGCCAGAGGUCCAGUGAGGCUGAAGCUGUCCAUGGGAGGAGCCAGAGACCUAGCAAGGCUGAAAAUGCCCAAGGCUGGAGCUGGGGACAAAGCCAAAGUUCCAGCAAGACCAAGGAUGCCCAAGGCUCCAGCCAAAGCCCCAGCAAGACAGAGGCUUUGCAUGACCCAGAUCAGAGGCCCAGUAAGAUCAAGGUCACUGAGGGCCCAAGCGAGAGCCAGAGUCAAAGACCCAGCAAGACCGGGACUAUAUGGGGCCCAAGCUGGAAUCCCAGAAGGAUUGACACCCAGAACUGGAGCCAGAGCACAAGCCAAAGUCCCAGGAAAACCGAGGCUGCCCAAAGCCACAGCCCCAGCAGUUCUGCUGCUCCCUGAAGGGGCCACUUAGCCUCUCAGUCCCCGCAGGGGAGGGGAGAGAUUCCACACAUGCAUACACACUGGCACCACAGCCACUCGGGAAAGCUGCCUCCUCCCAGAGCAAUCAGAAACCUCAGCCAAUGUUCCUCUGGUCCCACGACUAAGUUUAUUUUACUUGUUCUCUUCUUCUACAAAAUUAAAAACUUUUAAAACCAGGUUCAAGUAUCAGCCUGAGUUCCUACAUCCAGCCUGGUUCCGUGAAACUGAAACAAAACGUGUGGGCUGCAGGACUAGGGAGUACGGCCUCAGAGAAGAAGCCAAGGGCAAAUCAACCCAGGAAGGAAGGGGCAGCCACGAGCCACAGUCCCUGAGUUACAAUUCACAUUUUAAGGAGGCUCAGGCU